ACGGCAAUAAAGCCCCGCGGGACGCCGCGGUCGGUCUACUUCAUAUCGUCGCGCCGUGAGCGUGCUGCAUGUUGCUGCUGCGUGAGGCCUGCAGUGGAGAUGACGAGGGAAAAAGCGACGGAGAGACUAAAUCGUUUUGCACAACUAUCAACUCCAAAGGAGAGCAAGGCAGACUGGUGGACCUCCUUCGGGCCAAAGCUGCAAUGGGGUAACCAGGAGUCGAUGUGGCCUGUCAGUCGUGCAGCUCUCACUUCCACUCCAUCUGCACGGCUGACACAGCUGGCCCAGUGCAAGCAGGACCACAGACGGCCUGAUACACUGAUCCCAGAGUACCAGUUCAGCUGUGGCCGCAUGUCAACACUCUGGGACGUCUCAGAGGCAGCUCUAAGUGCACUCUGCUCCGAGCGAGUGUCUUUCCUGGCAAGACACAAGACAGCUGUAUCGGGCUACCUCAGACACAGGGAGCAGUUUGUCUACAGCUGUGGUCGCUGCUCUCCAAUAUGGAGAGUGAGGCAAGAUGCCAUAAUCUGCCCACAGAGACCUCGCACUGCCAGCCUCGCCCAGUCCAAGAGAACACAUCGACUCUAUAUCCCAGCCAGAGAGGUUCAGACAGUAGUGAGUAGAGCAGCCAAGGGCUGUACAGCCUCAGAACACACAGAGAGGCUCGCCAAGGCCAAGGAGAAAGCUGAAGGCCCAUUCAGAGAGCCACAGUCGCAGGUUUCAGAAGCGGCCAAGAGAGCCAGGCCAACUGACCGGAUCCUCGACUUGGCUCGGCCAAAGAAAGUCGCCGAAGGCUACCAGCCGUGUAGAGACGUAGAGUGGAAGGUCAGCAACGGAGCUAAGAAUGCAGUAGCCAGCAACAGGAUGAGUGAGAUGGCUGGGCCCAUCAUAAGGGAAACCAUGGACCACGUGCAGUUCAACCCAGAUGCUUUCAAAGUGAGCGAGGCUGCCAGGAAGGCGACUGCCUCGGCACGCAUCAAGGAACUGGCCCAGCCCAUUAGAAGAGGGACAUAGCCAAACGCUGCACACACAAUUUAUCCCUCCCCCCGCCCCAAAAUUCACUGGUUUUUAAACAAUAUUGUGAACUGAUACACAUUGACAUGCAGCGUGAGUAACGAGAGUUUACGAGUAGCGGCCAAUCAACAUCUUGUUGAGAGUUUUAGCCUGCGAUUUGCUGGCAUAGCGUGGUCUUCUGAUCCGGCAUUUACGGUUGUGUGACUUUGAAAGGAGGUUGUGGACGUUUCCCGGAGGCCAGAAUUUGAGUUUCCCCGAACCAGUCCUUCGAAACCUCUUUGCAACUGCUUUCACUGUCUUCAUCUUGCCGAGUUUGCUGUGCUUCACCACAGUUCUGACGGGCACGUGGGGCACAGCUAAACAGCCAGUCUUUCGUGGUGGAACAGGUCUCAGCGUGGCCGUGGUUGAUGUCGGAGAGAGGGAGAGACUGGAGAAAUACCUACAGAGUGUACUGUUGUCAAGAGAUGACUGCAUUUUCCGUGAGAAAAGGCUGUGUCCCUGAAGAGAGGGUGUGGAGACGGAUAUCUUUGCCCGUGAAAACGUUCCACUCAGCUGCUGCAGACCUCUGGCAGCGCGAAAACAAGCUGCAGCCAUAAUUGU